AGAGGCCUUGGAAGUGGGGUGCUUGCUCCGCCAUGGCUGCAGGGGCGCUCAUGGGUGUCCUGGCCCCUUAUGGAGGUUGCGGAUGGAGCUGCGCUUCUCCUUCCGGGCCUCAGGGUGUCGGGGGCGGGGAGAAGAUGGCGGCGGGGUGGCUGUGCCGGCGGCUCUGUCAGGGAUCAGCUUUUCCUGUCAGUUAUGCAAGCAGAAUUUUGCAAAACCAAUGUUUUUUUCAGAACUCCAACUUGGUGGGAGUACGGCUGGCUGGAUCCCAGGCUAAUACAGAGGGGCCAAAGACUAAUCCUUUGGUAUCUAUUUCAGACGAGCCAGAAACACUGUACAAGAGGGUGUCCCUGUUAGUUAAAGGCCAUGAUAAAGCUGUGUUGGACAGCUAUGAAUAUUUUGCAGUGCUUGCAGCUAAAGAACUUGGCAUUUCUGUUGAAAAAGUACAUAAUCCUCCAAAGACAGUAGAACGAUUCACACUCUUAAAAUCUGUACACAUUUACAAGAAGCACAGAGUUCAGUAUGAAAUGAGAACACAUUACCUGUGUUUGGAGUUAAAAUACCUAACAAGCAGUACUGCUGCAGUGUACUUGGAAUAUGUUCAACGAAACUUACCUGAAGGGGUUGCUAUGGAAGUAAAAAAGACCAAGAUUGAGAAAAUACCUGAACACAUUCGGGAGCCAAUUUGGGAUACCCUCCCUCAAGUAGAAGAAACUGAAGUCAAGUCAUGAACUCACCAGGGAGCACUGAAAAUGCAAGUUCAAGGAAAAAACACCCUGGAAAGUGUGACAUGAAAAAGAUUUGCUCUUUGUGUUCUAUAAAGCUGCAGUUUCUUCAAGUCUGAUAUUAUCUCAGAUCAAACUGCACUGAAACAGGCUGAGUCUAGUGUUUGUCCCUUCAAAUUAAAAUUUUGGGAAUAUGUAAGAGAAUAGCAUUAUGGAACUUGGGGUUUGCUUCCCUCAGAAAACAAAGUUACUGUCUCAAAAGCUACUGUCUCAGUGUUCAAUCUGUUCAAUCUUUUGUUCUUUUAACAAAAAUACCUUUCUUUGAAGUGUUAUUUAUUGAAUUACAAGAAACAUGAUAAAAAGUAGACAUUUUCCUCUUUCUUCUUAAGA